AUGCUUCGUCGAAAGCCAACCGCCAUUGCCAUAACCGCUGAGGAUAUCGCUGCCUUUGAGGAGGAGCGACUCCACAAAAUGAAUGAGAACCGCGAGCCUGAACAGGCACAUUCUAGCAGCGCCAAGACCAAGGUCAACCCAAGCGAUGAGCUGAAGCCACUUCCGGGUGACAAGGCGAGGAUUCUUCGUCGCGAAGAGAGAAUAGGGCUCGGUCAUCGGGUUUGA